UCCAUCUUCCUCCUCAUAAUUGGCGUGGUGGCUCUCACUCUCUGGCUUGUGUACCGCCCCACUCACCCUCAAUUCAGGGUGGUUGGAGCCGCAAUAUACGAGCUCAACAUCUCAUCUCUGCCACUGCUGUCCACAAGGAUGCAAUUUACAAUCCUUACAAGGAACCCCAACAGGCGAGUUGGGAUCUAUUAUGACAGACUCACUGCGUUCGUGUCGUAUAGGAACCAGCAGAUAACGCCGCAGGUGAUGCUGCCUCCCCUGUUCCACGAAAAGCGGAGCACAGUGGCGAUGUCCCCUGUACUAGGAGGUGGGGCGGUGGCAGUGCCGUUGGAGGUGGGAAAUGGGUUGGUCACGGAUGAAGCGAUUGGAGUUGUGGGGUUGAGAGUUGUGUUGUUGGGGAGACUAAGAUGGAAAGCUGGGCCAGUCAAGACUGGGCGUUAUGCGGUAAUUGUGAAAUGUGACGUGUUGGUGGGUCUCAAAAGUGGGGUGGUGGGUCAAGUUCCGUUGCUUGGUUUCCCCGCUUGCCAGGUUGAUAUUUAGGCCAUGUGGUUAUUACUCAUAAUGGAUGUUUCUAAAUGUUGUUUUAUUACUUGGUUCGAUUUAAUAACAUAUAUAGAUGUGAGGAGCAGAAUAAAUUUGUGGCUCUUUCAUUGUUGAAUGUUAGGAAAUGGGGCUUU